AUGGCCAAGAAGAGCAAGAUAGUCACGCUGCGCCUGUCGCCAGAUAGUCUCGCGCAGUAUCCAGCCGCCAGUCCACCACCCAACCCACAAGCCAUCAAGGCAGAGGCAUCGCCAUCAGCACAACCUUCAGACACCGUCGACAAGACAUCCGACUCCAACGCGACGCCCAUACCGCCCACCAACACCGAUGCCGCCGACCCCAACUCGCUGGCACCACCCAAAGUCGAUGGCAGGAAGAAGAGAGGCGGCGCGGCCGUCACGGGUCGCAAGAGAGCACCACCUUCCAUCGACCCCAAUGCACCGAUGAGGGAAAGAGGCAGGCCAGGCCCGAAGAAGAAACCCAGAUUACCUGACGGCACAAUCGACCGCUCAGGAGAGAAGAAUGGUGUCGCAAGCGCCAUACCCGCCCACAAGCUCGGCCCCAAAGCCAACACUGGAGCCAUCAACGCCGGCCUACGUGCACUCGACCGCACUGGUAAGCCCUGCCGCAAGUGGAACAAGAAACCCCUCCAGCUCAAGUCCUUCACUGGCGCUGUCUGGGGCAUGGCGUCGUGGGGAGCACCUCCCAAGGAUGCUGGCUUCGCUGGCGACGUCAAGAGUGACAGCACUGGAUCCAGCGAGGUUAAGCCAGUGCACGAGAGCAGUGCUGUGCCUAGUGAGCGCAGUCACAGCCAUGUUGACGGCGACACCACCAUGAUGAACGGCAUCGAAAGCUCGCCGGCUCCACCCAUCGCUGCUUGA